CGCAUUUUAUUAUGGUCAAAACUGUUGUGUUCAUCUUUGAGUGAGUAUUUGGUAUAUAAUAAUUAUGACUUGGUCCAAGUCAAUUCAGCUUUUGCUGGAAAAAUGAAGCUUUCUGUUUUCCCCUCAUCCACGGGCAUUCACCUCUGGUUCUUCUAAAAUUGCCCAGAAUUGGAUAAAGUUGAGAGUUCAAUUUGAAAGAUUGCUAUCAGUCUGUAGUGCCUCGUGACUGUUGGGCAAACUGCGGAAACUGAAUACUAAUCUGAAGUCAGACAUCGCAGUCUUAUCAAGAGGGAUGGUGCAUUCCCCCCUUUAUUUUCGAGAAGAUGUCUAGUGACAUGCAGCGGAGACAAAACCAACCCACUGGCAUUCAGUUGUUACAAUCUAGUCAAGAAGAAAACUCUCUUUGUGCAAUGCCAGACAGAGAAUCAGGUGAUUUUUUGCUGAAGCAGAAUCUUGAGAAUGGUAACCCUGCAUCUCAAUCAUCUGUAACAUCCACGCAAGAAUCAAAUGAUUUGCAGCAGCGACAAAAUACUGAAGUCAAAUGCGGUGUAUCAGAAUUAUGCGAAGCGGACAAAGCUGUAUCUACUAAAAGGGUGAGCACUUCUGAUAUUAUGGUUGAAACAAAAAGUUCAGAUCCAGAGAACCAAUAUGAUCAAGACCAAUACAUUUAUUUUACAAGAUCAGAUAAAGCUAUGGAGAAAUUGCAGCCAAAGCAGAGCCCUGACACUGGAGUUCAUAAUUUACAAUCAGAUCAAGAUAGUAUUCCUUAUGGAAUACCUAUAAUCCCCAAAACACUUGAUGAUUUGCAGCCGAGACAUAACCCUGAUGCUGUUUUGCAAAAGCCAGAAUUGGGGGAAGAAAGAAUUGUAAAUGUCAAGAAAGAGAAGGCUCCAGAUGCUGUGCUGCCAGUACCAAGUUUCAUAUACGACAUACCUGCAUCACAAUAUCUUCAGCAGAAAUCCACUUAUUCUACUAUUCCCGAGAAAGCUCUUGAGAAAUUGCCGCCAAGGCGGAACCGUGACAUUGUAGCCUGUGGUUCACAGUCUGAUCAAGGAAGCACUCCCUCCAGUGUCUCUGAGGAAUUGUCUGUUAUACCAAAACAAGAAUCUUAUAAUCCGCAGUCUAAACUAUGCUUGGGUGCUGGAUGCCAUGAUUCAAUGAGCGGUGAAGAAAAAUCUGUUUCUAACAAAAGAGAAAUGGUCUCAGAUAGUUUUCCACAAAUACCGAGUUUGGAACUUGGGGGACCUGCAUCACGUUCCGAUCAACAGCAUUUUUCAUUUUCUGCAAAACCUGAGAAAGCAGAGAAAUUGGCACCGAGAAGGAACCCUGACCCUGGAGUUCAAGGAUUGCAAUCUGAUCCAGUAAGCACUCCCUCUGAUGUACCAGGAAAAUCAUUAGAUGAUGGCUACAACUGGAGAAAAUAUGGACAGAAGCUUGUCAAAGGAAAUGAAUUUAUUCGAAGCUACUACAAAUGUACUUACCCUAAUUGCAUGGUGAAAAAGCAAGUGGAGAGAUCAUACGAUAGUAAUCUAAAAGAUGUUAAUUACCUUGGGAAUCAUGACCAUCCUAAACCACAACACAGUCCCCAUGUGGCCACUGGUCUUCUAGUUCGAAGACCAGAGUCACUGAUCAUGACUGCAUCAGAAGGUGUUGCUGAGCCAAUUUCACCUGGCGCUUCAUCUCAACAUAUGGAACCAAGGGAUACUUCACAGCCAUUGCCUGUUGCAGAAACUAGUGAUCGUGAGGCAGGUGCAGUUUCACGGUCAAGUGCUGAAAUCUGUGAUGAAAAUGAUAGCUGUCUAGACUCGAAAAAACAGAAGAGAGAGAUUUCUGGUGUUGAUAAUAAUCUGAAUAAACCCAAUUCUGAAGCACGGCGUGUUGUUCAGACUAUAAGUGAGGUUGAUGUAGUGAAUGAUGGCUACCGCUGGCGAAAAUAUGGGCAGAAAUUUGUUAAAGGCAAUCAGAACCCAAGGAGUUACUACAGGUGUACAUAUAAUGGUUGCCCAGUUAAGAAACAUGUGGAAAGAGCUGCCCAUGAUCCGAAGGUGGUUAUUACAACAUAUGAAGGACAACAUGAGCACUGUACGCCUCCAUCAAAGACCAUUUGCAAAAAUACGGCUGGAACUGACACUAAUAUGGCUAUAAAUGGUGAACCCAGAGAAGACAAACCUGUUGGCUUAGACAUGGUUGUUCAUAUUAAUGCGAACUCGUAAUAUCUUCUGCAACACGAGGUUAGAUUGGCUGCAUCAAAAUGAUUCUGCGUCACAUAGUAUUUUCUUUUUUUAACAUAUUUUCUUAUUCUCUAGUUGGGGCGGUUGAGAUUAUCCUGCCCUGUUCCGGGAGGAAUGAUUUAUACUGAUAACAUUGGUUUAACUUCUUUGUUGGUCAGAGAGUCCAACUUUACGUUCAUUGUAAAAAUUAUUUUAGUGAAAGAGUAAUGGAACGUUGAUGUUCACAAUAGUUUGUCUGAA